CUUUGGAUCUCUCAUACACACUCUCUCUUUCUCAACGAGACAGUACUUGCAGAGAACCCCAGGGAAGAGUACAACGAAGUAUCAUCUACCUAGUACUGCUUCGAUAUAUCUCGACGUCAUUGCAAGUGCGACUGAAUCGACUGAAUACAUACAGUGUUUGAUUUAAGAUCCUAGUCUUCGUUGGAUCUGUUCUAGAAUCCCUCUUGAAUUAUUGCAAACCCAUCGAGUGCUCCAAUGGGUGCUUGAGAUCUCGGAGCGCAAGUUCCAGGUAGAUUCUUGGAUUCCUUUCAAGUCUGAAUCAUGUGGAUACCCUCGGCAUAUCUCGGCAAUCGGGCAGCAUUGGUUGUGGAUUUGCCAUAGUGGCACUGGAUGAAGAAGUUAGCUGAUGACCAAACAUAAUUCCAGGCACCUGUGUGCAAGUGCUGUUGGUAGUGAUGGCGGUGGUGGCGGCAGUGGCGUUCUUCAUGUCCCAGAUGAGAAUGUUCAUUAGGAUUCCCUUAUACAUACGACCAUACUAGUUAGUUAGAGCUCUCUGCCAUGAAAAACAGUUCAAUUCCGAGUCAAACAUACAUAGGAAAAGCUGUCUACUGAUUAAAGUGCUGCUGGAUUGCUGAUCGUAUUCCUCCAUGAAACCAGACUCGUUUGAGAGAAUCUACUAGCACCCAGGCUGAAUGUAUGUAAUUCAAACCCCUUCAACAUUGCAUUCAUGUUUGCAAGAGAUAUGGAGGAAUUGCUCGACAACGUCUUCUUACUCAUCCAAUAACUAAGUGAGUGUGAUUAGCUCCCCAAUUCAGUGAGUGUUUUAGUCAAUUCAGUUGCUAUUCAUCUUUAAACGGGUUAAAUACAGAGUGACAUAAAAAGUCGUCCAAUAUGCAACCAUUGUGGAUACUCGCGUGCAUCCUCUUGCCCCUAGCUGGAGCCCUCAUUACCCCAGAAGAGCAAGGAUCUAAGGCAAAACACAUUAUAGACACCCAAUGUGAGGAGCUACUGAAAGACUGGAUGUUCAACUACAGUCCUGAGUUGAAUCAAGAUGACGCCUCACUUACCAUCAAUUGUACUGAGCUUGACCAACGGGUUCAAGCGCAAGGUUGCAUCUACGACAAGCUUUGGAUUGAGCUUUGGAGGCUGGACCACAAGGUCCGCGAUGUCGAAAAAUAUGCAAGUUGGGAUUAUUUGAGCAAGUAUCAGCGAUGCGAAUCGAUGGAGCAUUUUCAAGUGCACGAAAGUUUCAAGCAUUCUAUUCCAAGUCAUAAUUCGACUACCAUAUUUCAUCACGUAGUCCAAGAACAUUAUGUCUUGCGGUUAUGUCCGUGCGGCCGAAGGAAACCCGAUUCGUACACUUGUGAUUGUGAAUCUAGUAGUGCACCGUUGUGCAGCAAAUUGAUCACCUUUCAUCGGCCAACCAACUCCACCAGAAAGGUAUUCGAUGUGUGCGGUCAUGAUCGAAAUGAUAGUAGUGCCCUGGAAUCAUCAGAAGGGGCCACUAUCAAAGCACCAAGGAUAUCUUGCUCAUCGACCACUAUAGCUGGGACCAUGGCUUCAUGCACUCCUCUACAGGAUUAUGACAAGGUUCAAAUUCUCCUUCACCCCAACCCGAGUAAUAUUUCCAACUGCGGCACGCAUGACCACGGAGAUCGAAAUGUGUCCAGACAUACGGUCAGUUUGGAAAAAAUUGACGGAAAUCUGACCCAUGGGCGUUUUACCCUCGAGUUGACGGAUCUCGUGCCUGAAACAGCUUAUUGUAUCGUGGUCGACCUCUCGGAUGAUCACCCCUAUUGCAAACGGAAUAUCGAAAUUGGUUCGCUACCCAAGCACCUUCCACCGAUAUGCAGAACUGCCAUUAAAACUCCCCUCGUCAUUGCUUCUUGUCCAAACGCUACAAAACUGCCCAUGGUGACCAACGGAUGGCUCCUGGUUAUCCUCAGUCUCAUUAUCAUCCUCGGUGUCACAUUUUGCUUACUUAUCAUUUGGUGCGUUUGGACCAGGCGAGCCACAAGCGCAAAUAAUGCAGACCUGGAAUAUUCGAAAAAAGCUCCAGCGACCUUUGACACCGGAACCGGAUCUACCUCAGUGGAAUCAUUGAAAGAACAAACGAUAUUUCUGCUUUCUUUCAACGAGUCCAGUCUCUUCAUGGAUCUGAACUUCAAGUUAGUUCAAUGGCUCGAAGCCGUGGGUGUCAAAGUUGUUCACUUUGAUGACGAUAAUUUAAGCGAGGAAAUCUGUGAAAAUCAAGAGAAUUUUGUGGUGGACAAGAUUCACGAUCCCAAUACACGGGUCAUCAUUGUAAACACUCAAACAGCAGUGGAUGCUCUGAAAUCAAGUUCCAGUCAGACUAACAUGGAUAGUCCAACCAUGCCACUCACCUCGGUAGAGGAUAGUUUCUAUGAGCUACGGCUUUUAGCAUUACGUCAAAUUCAUUCGCAGUUUGCGGGUAAUUAUAAGAAAGUCUUGGUGAUUAAUUACAGUGGUCAAAAGCCCAUGUCUGGCGAUAUCGAAAACAUUACGCAUCAGCGACAAUGCGUCUUGCCAUGCCAGUUCGUCGAAUUGGCCCAUUGGUUGAAAUCUUUCGUUCACCCGUAUUCCUCAGCUGUGAAUGAGCGAGAUGGGGGGGCUUUACUACCUUCUGCAGGUACAAAAGUGUCAACCCCAUUAUCCAACCAAAGAAUUGAUUCAAAUACGCAAAAACUGGUUGAGUUCGAAGAACAAUUUCGAGAGGCGUUUGAGCGGUACAAAGACUCGAGAGGUUCAGUGCCCGCAUAAUGAUAUUCUCAUGCCCUCUACGAUCUCAACUCUUACCUUUUAACACAACAAAAGACCAAUCAUGGAGUACCUCAAGCGACUUUUUCAGAAGAAGAUGAAGAAGAAUAUGAUGCCAUAGAGUGAAAUAGAGUGAAACCGAGAGAAGAACAACAACUAGUUUUGGAAUGUUUGCCCUCAAAACAAAGUGCAAGACGUUGCCAACAAUGGGCAAUUUCUACGCCUUUGCCCGAAAAAGCAAACAAAACUUAAAUUAAAAGAUAACUGUUCCGCGUGAUAACCCAGACAAAAAAAGAUUCAUCCUUCUCGUUCAAGUCUUCUCCCGAUUAGGAAAGAAAACAAGAACAAUCUGCAGAGCUCAAAAUACUUUCAAACUGAUGUCCAAUCUGACUUGCGGAAUGAUUGAGCUACUAAUGACGUAUUUUCAUUGAUAUCUUCUUUAUUGGUCGUCACCCUCACAUUUACAAACGUACGUACCGUACGUACGCACGACCUCUGCAUUUGUAUCGACGUUAAGUGCAUCAUGCAAGUGAGUGCGUGUGGUCGUGCGUGCGUUCGUGCGUGCGUUCGUGCAUGCGUGCGUGCAUGCGCGUUCAUCGUACGUUGCGAUAUGAGGAACAGUUUGAUCACGUGAUUUCAUAACACUUGGGUGAUCGCUAAAUAGUGCUUGCACUAUCUCAAUCAAGUGGUUGUGCUAAACCACACACAUUUAAUCUGAUGGCAUAUGGAAAAGGUUUCCUCCGGAUCAGUGAAAAUAAAAAAAGUGAAUUGUCAGAGGAUAGAAAACAGACCGGAUUGCUCGAAGGAAUUGCGUUGGAGAUGCACUUGAAAACCCAAUCAACUAGUCAAAUCAAGAGAGGCAAAUCGAGUCUCCCUCGAUAGAGCCAGGGACUCUGCGACAACUCUUGUCCACUAUAUCUGUUCUCAUACGAUCUAUCUGAACAAAUACAUGUUUUAUUGUCGGA